AUCAUAGAGCGAGCCACAACAGUUAAGACCUCACUGGCUGGAGUGUCAACACUGCUGCUAGAGGGAAGUCAGUGAGCGCAUGAGAAACAGAGACCCACAGAAACAGCGAGAGAGAGAGACUGUUGCUCCAGUGAAAGUGUGUGUGUAUAAGAGAAAAACAGAGCUUGGUAGAGACACAGAGAAAGAGUUAUAGGGAGACACAGACCAACUAAAGAAAGAAAGAGGAAGCUGACAGGGAUCGUUGCUCCUCAGAGUAUGGUGUCAAAGAGCACAUGGAUUUAGUAGAGCUGUACCUCCCUGAGUGUUUCACCUAUCACCCUGACACUGAUAUCCUGGGCAGGAUGUCGGUGAGGGGCUUGGACACCUCCUGUCCCCCCAUAAAGCGCGAGCCCUCCAGCCCCAGCCCCAGCUUCCAGGGGGACAGCCCAUCCCAACCCAGCCCUGAGGGCUCCUCCUCAGACACCAACUCCAGCUUUGGUCUCCUGGGAAAGAGUCACAACCACACCAACGGCUUGGACUCACCAGGGCUCUACGGACACACAGCGGGCACGGGGAACAAUGGAACAGCCAACAGGCGGUUUGGUGGUGAGGAUGGCCAGGUGAAGUGUGAGUUCUUGCAGGAUUCUGUGGCUAAGAGGCUGUGUCUUGUGUGUGGAGAUGUGGGGUCAGGGUACCACUAUGGAGUGGCCUCCUGUGAGGCCUGCAAGGCUUUCUUCAAGAGGACCAUCCAGGGUAACAUCGAGUACAGCUGCCCGGCCACCAGUGAGUGUGAGAUCACCAAGCGGAGGAGGAAGUCGUGCCAGGCCUGUCGCUUCAUGAAGUGUCUCAACGUUGGAAUGAUGAGAGAAGGUGUGCGUCUGGACCGGGUCCGUGGGGGCAGACAGAAGUACAAGAGAAGGAUAGACUCUGAGAACAGCCCCUACCUCAACCCUCAACACGGCCUGCCACAGAAGAGAACAUUUCCUCUAGGUGGUCUGGUAGAGAAUAAGGUGGUCUCUCUCCUGCUGGUGGCUGAACCAGAGAGUAUCUUUGCCAUGCCGGACCCCACCGUCCCCGACAGUGACAUCAAAGCCCUGACCACACUUUGUGACCUUGCCGACCGUGAACUGGUGGUCAACAUCGGCUGGGCCAAACACAUCCCAGGUUUCCCCUUGCUCUCGCUGGCAGACCAGAUGAGUCUACUGCAGAGUGGAUGGAUGGAGAUUCUGAUCCUGCGUGUGGUGUUUCGCUCGCUGGCCCUAGAGGAUAAGCUGGUGUAUGCUGAGGACUACAUCAUGGAUGAGGAGCAGUCCAAACUGGCAGGUGUACUGGACCUAAACAACACCAUACUGCAGCUGGUGAAGAAAUACAAAGCCAUGAGGAUUGACAAGGAGGAGUUUGUUGUCCUCAAGGCAAUCUCACUGGCUAACUCAGAUUCCAUGCAGAUAGAGGACGUGGAGGCAGUCCAGAGUCUCCAGGAUGUGCUCCAUGGGGCCCUGCAGGACUACGAGAGUGCCCAGCACACGGAGGACCCUCGGCGGGCAGGCAAGCUCAUCAUGACCCUUCCCCUGCUCCGGCAGACGGCCGCCAGGGCUGUGCAGCACUUCUGCAGCAUCAAGCAGGACGGCCGUGUGCCCAUGCACAAACUGUUCCUGGAACUGCUGGAGGCCAGGGCCUGACCAGCCACGUGGGACUAGGAUCACAUAGAGGAAGGAUAGGGUAGUGAUGUCAUAAAGGUCAAGAUUAAUGCAGGAAGUGGUAUUGUGCUGGAAGAACAGAGUGAACAGCAAUGAGUGGACCUGAACGGAGACAAAAUGGCUCCUCUGAAGUUCCAGAUGCUCUUCUAUUAAUAAGUAAUUGUUGUCCAAUCCUUCUUUAUGUCAUCCUGGGACUGUUGUGAGUUUGACAAGGCUAACACAGCCCUGCUCGCCAUUACAAACUCAGGAGGAGAGGAGAGGAGGAAGGACUGACAUCACCUUAGUGACAGGGAUAACUGCCUUAUGAGGGAUUUUGAUGGCAGUUCUUAAUAUAAACCUAAACAGUGCUAGUGAAAUGAAGAAAGACACCCAGAACUUGAAGAUCCUCUAGGAUUAUUAUUUGUGUGAAACCAGCUCUAAGCCUGUUCAUCUUGCAGCCUGUUCAUCUUGCAGCCUGUUCAUCUUGCAGCCUGUUCAUCUUGCAGCCUGUUCAUCUUGCAUUGUAGUGCUUGAAUAACUUUUCUUUUUUAUAUAAAAUGAACUGUGGACAGGCUUGCCAAAGAAUGGUGUGACACACUUAGUCAAAGGAUGCAGCAAGCGGUCACAAUAACGUAUGUAAGGCACUCACCUAUAAUAAGUUAGGGAACUUGAUUUCAUUAAGUCACUGUAACACUUUUUUUUAUUUUUAAACCUUUAUUUAACUAGGCAAGUCAGUUAAGAACAAAUUCUUAUUUUUGAUGACAGCCUAGGAACAGUGGGUUAACUGCCUUGUUCAGGGGAAGAAUUACAGAUUUUUACGUUGUCAGCUCGGGGAUUUGAUCUUGCAACAUUUUGAUUACUUGUCCACCACCCUAACCACUAGUCCACCUGCCACCCCAAUGAUUAUGAAGGUGAGGGGAGAUAUUGAAAAAAGGCCUAUAUUCAAUCAGCUCAAGAGUUAACUGCGAAAGAAGACACCCGCAUAGCGGAUGUUUUGGUGGAGUCGGAGGUGGAACUCUCAAAUCGGUGAGCAGCUGCUCUUCCAAUCAUUGUCACGAAGCCACACCCACUGGCGUUAGAAGUUCAGAAAGAAAACGUGUCGAAAGCUAUAUAGAAAUAAUGAUGCUUGAAUGUAAAAAUCAUUAAACUAAAUAAUGAGGGUUUCUAUCAUCCUAAUGGAGGUAUAGAUUACAUCUCACAUUCCAGUGUUGAACUUGUAAAGAAGGCUGCAUGGGUUUUCAGAUAAUGUGACUCGGUGCAGCCAAUGGCAGUGUCCGAUUUAGGUAUAAUGCCCGGAGCCACUUGUGGAUAUGACAGCUCUUAGCGCAGUUCCAACACCAUCAAAACAGCCGCUAUGCAGAUGUCAGCUAAAGCAGAUCUGAUUGAAUAGAGCCCUAAAAAUGUAUUUAUUGUUGGCUUGAUUAUUGUUUUUUCGUUUUUUAUUUACCGGUGUGGCAUUAACAAAGAAUAUUAAAGGAAUAAAUACAGAUCAUUUUCUAAAGAUGAAGUCAUUUUGUUUUAAUAAGUAAAUAAAACGUUUUGUACUAGCUUCACUACUUCACUCAUGGCACUGAUACCUGUACUAUACCAUAGCAUCUAAGGCGAUAUAAUAACGUGAUGUACAGUACUUGAUGACAUUGAACCAUGCAUUGAGUUGUAGAUUACACACUGUGCAAAAGCACCUUUCUUUCUUAUGAUGAACAUCUGGUGGUGGUAUUUCAAACGUGUCUCUGUGUUUCCGUUUCAGAAAGUAGAAAUCUUGGAAAAUCACAAAUGGUCAAAUUAAUGGAAACGAAAUCGCUAGGAAUGUGAAAACAGCUUUUAAACUCCCCGUACAUUACGGACAACUGUAUUUUUAUUUGCUCCAACUGUGCGGAAUAAUCUGUAUAUUUUUGUGACAAAGUAUAUCAUAAAGUGUGAUCCAGCAAUACUGUGUGAAGGGGGUGUAAAUGUAUGUAUUCUGUAUAUAAAGUUCAGCGCCAACUGAGUUGUAACCCAUGUUCAGAUGAGAUGUACACUACUACUACCAUUCUCAGGACGAUUCUAGGGCAAUAAAGAUGCUUCCAGUUCCAGAAA